CUGACAUCCAGCAGGGGGCAGUAAUACAACUCAAUAGAAUGCAGAUUACAGUGACCCCGGAAGAAGAAGAAAAUUCUCUUGUUGUGUUACCAAACAUCCGCUGUCUCUAUGUCAUUUAAAUCCAACUUCAGCUGAAGGUUGAAAGAGGUCAAGAAAGAAAGGAGAGAAGCAGCAGCUAACCGACUGCGGACAAAAUGCUAUCUCGCAUGUUAGCGUAUUUCGUCAACAACCUCCAGGUUAUUGAGAAGUUGGCGGAGUCCCGUCCGAUCCGGAGGGCGGCUCAGCUUACGGCGUACGCCCUCACCAAGGCUCAGAUUGUCGGCCGGGACACUUCGGAGCGAGUCAUGCGGUCCCAGACGCUGCGGCAGGUCCGACAGGAAGCCAGCAGAGUCCCCGGCGACCUGGAGGAGGCGAGCAACCGCCUGCGCAGAGUCCGGGAGACGUUCGUGAAGGAGGUGAAGGAAGGAUGGAAAGAUGGCUCCAGGCGGAUAAAGAAGUAAAGGAGACCGGAGGGUUUCUGGGCUGCUGAAAGGACUGAUGAUUAUGUUGAAGUUUAGGUCUGAAUGAGGAAAUGUCAGUAUGAUGUGAGUCUAACAAUCUGCCUCAACAAAGCUGACAAGCACAACUGGUUUAACGUCACUUUUUUGUUGUUUUUAAAAACACACGGAAAUGGUUUUUAUUGUACUGGAGAGGGGGAAAACUCUGGAUAAACUAAUAUUGGAGUAAUACUACGACGGACAUUAAGGACCAUGCUAAGAAAAAAGUUACAAUAAAAUAAAAUUUACGAGAAUAAAGCCAUGAUAUCGAUAUACCGUCUGAUAUAAACCGUGAUAAUGAGUAUCACUUUAUUCACACUUUUACAAUUGAAACAUCAUCAAAUGCCUUUAAUUUAGGGACUUUCGCUCCAUUUUUAUUUAUAGCCACCUUAACCUACACAUCUUUUUUUUUUCUUCACUGUGAAAUUCAAAAACGGCUGUCCUGCCAAAGAGCUUCGGCAGCUCUGAACUCGUAAAACAUAUUUUGCUGGAAACGUUUUUAAAUGUGUAAAGAUGUAUCUGUAUGUAUAUAUAAUAAAUUUAUCUGCCAUUACA